UUGCGGGCUCCUCCGCCGCCUCGUUCAGGAGCUGCCCAGAAAAGGGGUGUCUUUGGAGCGCAGGAAGAAGGGAACAUGGUCAGCCUGAGGAACUUGAGUUUGUGGGCGCUGCUGGCGCUGGUUGUGCCGGGGGACUGUUUACCUCACGCGGGGUUCCUCUUCCCCUUCGGCUUGGAGCGAGGCGACGCUGAAGUGGAGCCCGGGGACGACGUGAGCUCCUCGCCCCUGGUGCUGAACACCCCGCUGCGCUUCUACGGGUCCAGCGUAAACUCCCUCUAUGUUCUUACUAAUGGCAUCAUUGCUGUGAGGGAACCACCAAGGGAAGAAGAUUAUCUUGGUCAAUUUCCUCUCAGUUUUGGAGGCAUUGCACCCUUUUAUGCUGAUUUAGAUACCACAGGUGGACAUGGGAAGAUAUUUUAUAGGGAAGAUUCAUCUCCUGAUGUCCUCCAGCUUGCUGCCAAGUAUAUUAAAAGAGGCUUUCCGGAUACUACCUUUGACCCACACAGUGUUGUCAUCGUUACGUGGGAUUCCGUGGCUCCUUAUGCAGGACCUGGAGAAAAUACCAAUUUGCAAUUCAAGAGAAACACAUUCCAAGCUGUUUUAGCGUCUUCUGAUUCCAGUUCCUAUGCUGUUUUCCUUUAUCCAGAAGAUGGUUUGCAGUUCUAUAGUACACAUUCUAAAAAUGAUAUGGAAAUUAUCCCUGCUACCGUUGGCUUUAGCCAACCCUCUACAAAUUACUUCAUAUGGGUAAAAGCUGGGUCAUACAAUGUAAUCGCUAAUGAGGAAGAAGUAAUUGGGAAUCUGCACAGGAGCAGUAAUCUGGGAAAACAAGGAGUCUGGGCAUUUGAGAUUGGUAGCUCAGAUAAUAUCAGAUCACCUCAAAUUACUCAAACUCCUAUAGGUGCAGAGUAUAAUGACUAUGAUCAGUUCCCGGAAGUAACUACAGACCCUUCCAUAUCACACCUGGAUUCCAUUGAAAUAAGUCAACAAGAAAAAACAUAUAUUUCCAGCAGAGGAGAUGAGCCGUAUGUUAGUUACAAUUUGCCUCAGAUAGAAGUAGAGGAUGAUUUGCAGUCUCCGUACCAAGCUUUCACUGAGCAUCCUCCAGUUAAUCCUCCACUCGCAACAGGGAAAAACCUGCCUAUUCAGUUUCCAGGCCAACAGUUUCCUCAGCAACAUCCUCAGAUUAUAGAUGUGGAAGAAGUUGAUGAAACUGGAAUUGUGUUUCGUUACAAUACAGAUGUCCAACAAACCUGUGCAAACAACCGCCAUCAAUGUUCUGUUCAUGCCGUUUGCAAGGACUAUCCAAAUGGCUUUUGUUGUAGCUGUAUUGCUGGCUACAAAGGAAAUGGCCGGCAGUGUGUAGCAGAAGGCUCUCCCCAGCGAGUUAAUGGGAAAGUCAAGGGACGAAUCUUUGUAGGUAACAAUCCAGCUCCAAUUGUAUUUGAGAGCACUGACCUCCACUCUUAUGUUGUGAUGAACCACGGACGUGCCUAUACUGCUAUCAGCACAAUUCCAGAAGCGUUGGGUUUUUCCUUGCUUCCUCUUGCCUCAAUUGGAGGAGUCAUUGGAUGGAUGUUUGCCGUGGAACAGCAAGGAUAUAAAAAUGGGUUCAGUAUUACAGGUGGUGAGUUUACAAGACAAGCUGAAGUUACAUUCCUCAACAGUAAUGACAAGCUGAUCAUCAAACAGAAGUUCAGUGGAAUUGAUGAACAUGGACAUCUCACUAUCAGCACAGAACUUGAAGGCAGAGUGCCUGAGAUCCCAUUUGGUUCUUCUGUCCACAUAGAACCCUAUACGGAACUCUAUCAUUCUUCUAGUUCUGUUAUCACAUCAUCAUCUACUAGAGAGUACAUUGUGACAGAACCAGAAAGAGAUGGGGUCUCACCAACUCACACAAUUCCUUACCAAUGGCGACAGACAAUCACAUUUGAUGAAUGCAUUUAUGAUGAUUCUCAUCAUUCUGUUUCGGCCACGCAGCAGUUAUCAGUGGAUAGUGUCUUUGUCUUGUAUAACAGAGAUGAACAAAUUUUGCGAUAUGCCAUGAGCAAUUCAAUUGGUCCUGUCAAUGGCGAUUCAACUGAUACAAACCGCAAUCCUUGCUACACGGGCUCCCAUGGCUGUGACACCAAUGCAGUCUGUCGUCCAGGUACAGGCAGUCAGUUCAGCUGUGAAUGUUCAGUGGGCUUCCAAGGAGACGGCCGUGUAUGUUAUGAUAUAAAUGAAUGCCUGGAGCAGCCAACAGUGUGUGGCAGCAAUGCAAACUGUAAUAAUUAUCCAGGAACUUUCAGAUGUGAAUGUUUGGAAGGUUAUCAGUUUUCAGAUGAUGGACGAACAUGUGUGGCUAUUGAACGUGUCGUGAAUCAUUGUGUGACAGGCACACACACUUGUGAUAUCCCUCAACGUGCCCGCUGCAUAUACACUGGUGGUUCUUCAUACAUCUGCACAUGCCAGCCUGGCUUCUCUGGAGAUGGACGCUCUUGUGUGGAUACAGAUGAAUGUCAGCUCAGUCGCUGUCACCCAGAUGCUUUCUGUUAUAAUACUCCAGGAUCCUUCAGCUGCCAGUGCAAAGCAGGUUAUUAUGGGGAUGGCUUCCAGUGUGUGCCAAGAGAAGUAGAAAAGACAAAAUGUCAGCGUGAACAGGAACAAGUUUUAACUUUUGGUCCAGGAGGACCCAGACCAAUUGGCCAGUUUAUUCCUCAGUGUGAUGUUUAUGGGAAUUAUUUGCCAACUCAGUGCCAUUCUAGCAGUGGAUAUUGCUGGUGUGUAGACAGAGAUGGUAAUGAGAUUGAUGGCACAAGAACUGGACCAGGAAUCCGACCUCCAUGUCUGAGCACAGUUUCUCCACCUGUUGUAGUUGGACCCUCUGUAAAACCAGAUACAAUUCCUCUGCCUCCAGGAACACACUUACUCAUUGCUCAGAGUGGAAAGAUUGACCAUGUCCCUCUAGAGGGGAACACUAUGAAGAAAUCAGAUGCAAAAGCUUUGUUGUAUGUGCCCGAUAAAGUUGUCAUUGGAGUUGCCUAUGACUGCGUAGAGAAAAUAGUUUACUGGACAGACAUCAGCAGCCCUUCCAUUAGCAGAGCAAGCCUUGGAGGAGGCGAACCAACAUCUGUCAUAAAAACAGAUUUGGAAAGUCCUGAAGGAUUAGCUCUUGAUCAUCUAGGACGCACCAUCUUUUGGACAGAUUCUCAGCUGGACAGAAUAGAAGUUGCAAAGCUAGAUGGCAGUCAGCGCCGAGUGCUGUUUGACACUGACCUUGUGAACCCCAGAGCCAUUGUAGCAGAUCCUAUGAGAGGAAAUCUUUACUGGACAGACUGGAACAGAGAGGCUCCUAAAAUUGAAGCUUCAUACAUGGAUGGUACCAAUAGAAGGAUUCUUGUUAAAGAUGACUUGGGGCUGCCAAAUGGACUGACAUUUGAUACUUAUGCGUCACUGUUAUGCUGGGUAGAUGCAGGUACCAAAAGGGUUGAAUGUAUGAACCCCAAUCAGCUCGGUCGCCGAAAGAUCCUUGAAGGAAUCCAGUAUCCUUUCAGCAUUACAAGCUAUGGAAAGAAUUUAUUUUACACAGACUGGAAAAGAGAUGCUGUAGUAGCAGUAGAUCGCACCAUCUCAAAAGAGAACGAUGACUUUCAGCCCCACAAGCGCAGUCGUCUUUAUGGAAUAACUACAGCCUUUGCUCAGUGUCCACAAGGACAUAACUAUUGUUCAGUGAAUAAUGGAGGUUGCACUCAUCUAUGCUUGGCUACCCCAGGAGGCCGCUCUUGCCGGUGCCCGGACAACACUAUUGAUGUGGAUUGUAUAGAAAGAAACUGAGAGCUACAGCCUGGAAUGUGUGCAGGCCACCUUUGGCAAUGUACUGUAAAUAAAUGGUUACAUGGGCAGUCCCAUGCAAGGAAAGAUUCUGAUAAGAACUCUAUGCUGCCAGGGGUUAGCAAGCCACAAAGCACACAAAUUGGAUCAGUAAUGGCUAGAUAUUGGAAUGUUGGCACAUCUGUGCAACCCACUCCUCACAUACUUCCCUCCUCUUUUAAACAUGAGUCUGGUGACCAGCUGUAGUUGUGAAUAUUAGACAGCCGUCUCUAAUAUUGUCAUACAAAAGCAUGAGAACCUAGGGUCUUUAAACACCUACAUUUACUUUGUGUGUGUAGGAGUAUUUUAACAAUUCUCUUCCAAAAUAAUUUUUGUAGCCUACUAGCAGUGUAGCUGGCUAGUAAGCUUAUCUAAACAUUAGAUAGAGAAACUUGGGGUGAUGGGCUGGAAAUAUCAAAGGUAAGGUGCUAUUUGAAGUAACACUCUACAGCCAGCACCUGAAACAAAGAGGAUCACCUAUUUUUAUGGGCCCUUGAUCCAAAGGCCUAAGAGUGGUGCUGGCAAGAACAAUUAUUGAAAUGUAUUAUUAGAAAAGAGUGGUGCAGUUUGGUACUAAAAACCAUUGGCUUGUCCAUACUGAUAGAUAUGUUGUCUUAAUACCACUUUAGUGGGUAUUUCAAAAUUUCACUGGCUUUUUCUAAAGUAGUUUAUUUGAGAAACAAGCAAGUUUAUCAUUGGUUAAUUUUAUGGGUCUAGUUCUACUUAUUUCAUUAGAACAACACCAAGAUAAGUGAUCCCUGAAUCAUUUGUCCUUUUGGUAUGAUAGUCUGGAUUUUUACAAAACAAUAUAAAUUAAAACUUUUUAAAGUGACUUUUUACAAAUAGAUCCUGUCUAGUAAUCUUUGGUAGUUUUUAUUGUCUCUGCUUGUGAUACUACUUUAUUUUCUAAGUUUAAGAACAACUCCUUUUGAAUGUUGUUUUUCUACUUUUGCUGUAAUUUUGAUGUACCUUUCUUUUACAUAUGCUAUGAACAACCAUAAAGUCUCAAUAGCCCAUCAGAUAGCCAAAAUAUUUCUAGGCAUAGAUCUUUGCACCAUAGCUUGCUGGAUAUAUUAAGGCCCAGCUUUUGUGCCAAUUGCUAAGAAGCACAAUGCACAUGCACUGGAAUUAGCAAAGUACGUUGUAUAAACAGGAUGUAGGUUAAAGCUGAUCAGCAAUCACAAAUUCUUCAGCUAAGUGGGUUUCAGGAGCAUUACGCUAGCCCUGCUUUUCUAGUAGAGAGGUACUUCGUCAGCAUAAAAAAAUGAAAAUCAUAGUGAUUACACAACUGUUUCUGAGUACCCCUCUUUAGUGAAGUGAUAUAGGACAACUAAAGUCCAGAAGCCAACCAGGUUACAGUCUUAUUAAGCAGUUCCAAUUCUGAGCCUUCAGCUCUGUGACAAUGUUUUAAAUUUUUAUAUUUAUCAUUAAAAUAUCAAAUGCUAUAUUAAAUGUUUUAAUGUUUGUAUAACUUUUAUAAUGUUAAUGCAUUUAAUUUUACACUUUAUUAGACAUGCCUCAAACUAUAGAUACCAAAAACUGUGCUGAAACAAUCCAAAGGUGCUUUUAAUAACUUCCUCCAGAGUUACUUCAGUUUCAGGUUACAACAUAGAAGUUUACACACUGUACAGCUAAUCACAGUACUGCCAAUAAAAUAAUUGUUUUUGUAAAA